GGGUGUUUAUAAGUUCUUUGCUCUGCUUUGCUUUCAUUGGUAACGAAAAUUGAUAGAAGAAAAAAAGGAAAUUCGAUUGGAAAAUUAUAAAAAGCACGUAUAAAAAGAGUGAAAACGAAUUUUCAAAAGGAAAUAAUUAUGUGCGAAUUUAAAUAGACUUUUUGUGUGAUGUGAAAAGUCGUAAUAAGAUCAAAUAAUUCCGAAUCUCGUCGUGGUUUCUACAGUCCUGCUCGCGUCUUCUUCGUUGUCUAUGUCUGCUCUGUACCAGAUAUUUUUUCGUCACUGUCGCAAAUGAAAUUUUCAUUAUUAUAUCUUGAAUACUUCGUGAUGAAAAAUUGGAACAUCACAUUAUAAACAUAAAAAUGUGUUAAGUGAAGUAAAUUUCCAAAAUGCCAUUGUUUGUAAAAUGAAAUGAAUCUGUGCAUUUGUCGUUGUUUUUGUUGCUACGGUAGCAGAUAGAAAAUGAUGCUGACAAAUUUUUGAUGAUUGUGUUGAAUUGUCCAUUUGCAUUUCAUGAUCACAGCGAAAAAGGCGUAGAUAUCUAAAGUAGAGGUAACAGCUGCAUCCGCAGACUGCGUGUGAAGCAGUAGUACCAGAGUACGAAGGCAUUUAAAGCAGCGUUAAAAGAAGCUACGGAGGACAGAUUCACACGAAUUCAAUCGACUGACUGCUCAAAAUGCUGAUCUAAUAUUUAGAGAAUCCUCACCGGGUGCAACUGGAUGCUUUGCCCUCCAAAGUGGGAAUAUACGCACAUAUUUACACGGAAUCAUUCAUAUGAACAGAAGGAGUUAAAAAGCGAUUAUUGUAAAACAUUACUGUGCUUUAUUUAAGGUCCCAUUAACGGUACACUUGGUUCAUGGAAACCUGAUUAUAGUCCAAUUUUUUUACUCCACUUAAUUGCUGAUAAAAAUGGGUGCCACUGCUUCGACUAGCGGGUAUCCAAUGCCAGCCACAACCAGCAAUAGUGGAGGUAGUUCUGGCCUUUUGCUGCCUUCUUCAGCCUCGUUGAUAACCAGUGCUUCUGGGAGCGGCGGUGGUCCAGGUGGCAGCUCCUCAAUGAUGGGCGUGGCAGGUGCUGGUGUGCCACAUUUUCGAGAACAGCGUCGAAAGCGGGUGACCGGUUUUGCAACACUGAAACGGAAAUUCAUACGUCGACGACGUUCUUCAAAAGCCUGUGAUCAUGCGCGCGUUUUGCGCGAUUUCGUAUCCGACUGGACCCCUCUCGAAUUGGCAGCGUUGUGUGAGGAAUAUGAAGCGUUGGCCGCACUUAGAGAUCUAUCGGUUCAAGCGGAACUAGCGCGUCCACCUGCAACAACGUUUAAGCAAGAUUUAGCUGCACUAUACGAUAUGAAAACUUGCACUGACUGUGAUCUUGUGUUUCGCGGUUCUAUUUUUCCGGUGCAUCGUUCGAUACUGUCUUCCCGCUGCUCGUACUUCAGGGAUUUGCUGGCGGGUUGUCCGGGCUUCGGUGCGCGCAUUUGUCUUGAAUUGCCAACUUCGCCCAUCGAUGUUCAGAUGUUCUCAUCUUUAUUGCGCUACCUGUACACGGGCGAUCUAUGUCCACAUGACCCCUCUAUUGAUAUUAGUUUACUGCGUCAGCUGGGAGAUGACUUUGGCACGCCGAAUCCCCUCGAGCAUGAUUUGCGUUAUUUGCUCGAGACAGGCGACUAUGCCGAUGCUGCAUUGGUGUUUACAGCGGAAGGCAACGAUUAUUAUCGGCCAGAUUCAGGUAGUUCUGAGUAUGGCUUUCGACCGAAACUCGAAUUGCCUUGCCACAAAGCAAUCCUCAGUGCCCGUUCGCCGUUCUUUCGGAAUCUCAUUGCACGCCGUACGCGCAACGUUGACGAGUACACCGAGCGUGCAUUGCAUGUACCAACGCGAAUCGUGCUUGAUGAGACAGUGAUACCAAAACGAUAUGCGCGGGUGCUGUUGCAUGCUAUAUACCUGGACACAGUCGAUUUGACGCUAAUACUACGCGGUGCAGGGUCCGGAAAUUCGGCGGGGUCAUUGGGUGAGGUGCAUGCGUUGACGAAUACAGGACGGGCGCGACCCACCCCUCUAGAGGAGGCUAUGGAGCUUUACCAGAUUGGCAGGUUUCUCGAAUUGGACAUUCUAGCACAAGGCUGCGAAGACCUGAUACUUGAGUGGCUGACGUUGGAUACACUCCCGACGGUGCUCAAGUGGGGUUCACAGCCACACGGCUCGGCUUGGGUGUAUCGGCAAGCGUGUCAGUAUCUUAGGGAAGAGUUUUCUGCUGUAAUUUCUUCACCGGUGCUACAUCAACUAGACAAAUCCCAGCUGAUACAUGUGCUACAGAGUAAUUUUUUGCAAGCAUCGGAGUUGGAGGUGCUGCAGGCUGUGCUUAAAUGGGGAGAGCAAGAACUUAUAAGACGUAUGGAGGAUCGUGAACCAAAUAUUUUGUCUCACACGGCUCACUCAGUUACGAGAAAAGGUGUGAAAAAACGCGAUUUAAGUGACGUGGAGUUGCGAGAGAUUCUCUCCGAGCUGCUGCCAUUAGUUCGUAUGGACCACGUUUUACCGCCCAAUAGUGAAGUACUCGCCCAAGCUAUUCGUCGCGGCCUUGUGAGCACGCCUCCUUCCCACAUGAUCAGUGACGACCGAGAGAAUUUGCGCGUUAACGCUUGGAUACGCGGAGGAAAGAACCAAGGAUUGUUUGUGCGGCCUCGCCUUUUCAUGCCGUAUUUCGAAGAAGUGAAAGUACUGCUGGAAGAUCGAAUGGCGUCAUCUCAUCACCAAGCAGAGCUGAUGCGCAUGCGGCGAUCACGUCAUUUGCCCGACAUCCCCGACACUCUGUACAUGGUAUCUCGUAUAAGUGCAGCUAUCAAACCUAGUGUACCUACAGCCGCUGCAGUAACUGGAAAAGAGAGUGUGAACAUAUUGGCAGCGGCGGCUGCUAUACCACCUCCCGAUACGCAAACGUUGGCAGCAUUGCUGAAACGCGAGCAUAAAUUGCACCAGUCACCGAUGUGUCAGCGGGCAUUGCUGUUGCCACUUUCAUCGAAGCACGAAAUUGAUAGGCAGAUACGCUUGCGAGUGGUGCGCGAAUUCAAUCUGCCCGAUGCAGUAUCGGAUCUGCUUGAGACAUCAUUGCUUAGCAAUCAAAAUGCAGCAGCUGCAUCAGCUGGAACUGCGGUAACUGAGGAGAGUGGCAUCACGUCCACCACUCAAACCGAUCAGAAUCUCAUCGAAGACGAUGACCAAACGCCUCCACCAUCCCCCGCGGCUGCAGGAUCUGUGCCACGACUCACUACGGGUGGUAGCUUUCUUUCAACGUCUAUAGGAUCGUCGGCUGCAUCAUCCACUUGUGGCGGCGAGGGCAUACAAGCCUGUUAUAGUCGAAAUUUGACAUUUCCGCGACAACAUCCAGGUGGCUUAUUGGGUUUGGGUGGUAGCGUGGGGGGUGGCAUGCCAACAAGUGUUGGUGGCGGCGGCAGUGGUGCUCUACAAGCGAAUUAUGCCCGCCUUUCAGCCUCGGUACAUCAUCGCAGCGAUUUACCAGCAUUGAUCACUGAAGGCGAUUACCGCUUUCCGCGUGGCAGCGCGCUGGGCAUUGACCUCGGUGCUGAGGGCGGUGGCGUUGCGGUUGGAUGUGCCGAAGGCGGCAACGGUGGCCAUUUGUCGGACAUGAUGCCCGAUGUGGCAAUGGCAACGGCAUCAUUAGGCCAGCUGCAUUUAGCAAACAACGCCAAUAACGGUAACAGUGGUGAUAUACAUGAAAGUCUGCAGCUUGAUUUGGGCGAUGGUCCGAGUCACAUAAUGGGAGGUGGCGCACCCAGCGCUGCUGGGCCAAUGGGAUUGCGCGCUUUGCAGCACCAAAUGCCACCCAGCAAUUAUCACCACUUCAUGCAGCGUUCAAACUCACCAUUUGACAUAUUGCGCCAAGGUCAACAUUCGCCAGCACCACAUCCACCACCUGGGACCUACAAUUCCGGGCCGCCCAGAUUCUUAUAGAGUUUGCGAGUGGCCCCCGAUCAGGGCCUUUAUUUUAGCAUGCCUUUUUGAGGAAUAAAUAAUGCAAAUUAAACCAAAAUUACGUUGCUGGCACGAAGCCAAGCAGACACCCAGGCCAAACCCCAGCUAAAAUGUAAAUGGGGAUGGGGCAUAUUUGUUAUUGCACUCAAAAUUCAAAUAAAAGCUAAAAUAAGGGGCACGAUAAAAAAAAAUUAAUGGCAAGCAAAAGUUUAAACGAAACACUCGCACAUAUAUUAAAAUAAUAAAUUAAGUUAAUUUUUAGCUUAAGAAGCAAGCGGCAGAAGGUGGAAGCAAGCAGCGGUAAGAUGCUUUAUAACCUUCUAUUGUAAACUAAUGUAAUGUAAUGCGGAUUUAUAAAAAAAGAGUUCAGUGAAAAUAACAACCAAACGAAAAUAUAUAAUUGCAGAAGCAACUAAUUGAAAAAAGCAAAAAAAAAAAAAAUCAAAUAAUUUGUGAACAUAUGUAUAUAGUUAUAAAUAUUAUCUACACUUGCGUAUAUACACACAUAAAUUAUUUAGUUAUAUAUUAUUGAUUACAAUAACGUAUGUGCAUAUGGAUAUACACACGAAAGCAGUUAGAUACAAAUAUUUUCAGAUUUUGAGAAAACUAUUUAAAACGUUUUAAAAUUAUUCGAAAAUAUUAUGGGAUGAAAAAUGUACACUCAAAUACAGUAGAAAUCCAAUAGAUUGAACAAAUUUAAGAUACAUUACGUUAAUUUUUCUACCAAAACCUAAAGCUGACUAGAAAAAAGAAUCCAAAAAAUAUGUGGAACUAAAUUUAAUUCACGCAUCUUCCACUGAGGUUAAUCUGCAUUGAUUCUAGCUUUUUGUAUGAUCUCUCAAUCAAUAUCAACUCGAUAACUACAUUAAAUCGAAAGCCUUUUUUCAUUUCAAUCACUCAUCUCGAUUUCGAAUAAUUUAUCGAAUAUACAUACAUACAUUUAUAUAGUUCAUGUGCGGCUAACAUUCCAAUUGUCUGCUUACAGUGGUUGACAUAUUAUCAAUGCUGUAUUCAUAAAGUGCAUGUCAGAUAGUUUGUUCGUGUUAAUUAAUUCGUGUUAAAUAAAUAUAAAAACAAAAUACUCAGCUAAAACUACUGCAUAACGAACUGCGAGCAGAACGCGCUGGGGUCCGAGUACCCCUAUUGUAAAAAUAUGCCUUACAACGUUAAGUAUUUCUGUUUAUGAACCUGUUUGCCAGAUAAACUAGUUGUGCUUCGCCAUUAACAGUUAUACACUUCGGAGCGGAAAAGUUUGCUUGAGUUUUGAGGUUUAAUUUAGUAAAAAUACAUUUAGGAAGUUAACUUCUAUCAAAAAACAAAAAAAGAAAAAAAUAUUUUCUAAAUUCUAAAAAGGUUGUGUAAUGCUUAAUUUUAUUUACUUAAGUUCUUUUUUUUUGUUUUGUUCAAGCAGCAUAAACAUUUCCCAUAUUUACAUACGGUCAUGGCCGGAUAUAAAUCCGGAUCGUUUCGGUAACGCAGAACCGACUGUCGUGGAAACGCAAGCAAAGGCGCUCAUCACAUUCGCUAGAACGCAUUUCGAUUUUUUUCCCAUCUCAUACUCUCAUACGUACCCAUACUUGCGCAAUGCAUGACAUUUAAGAGCUCAUUUUCUUUAUCUGUUUAAAGUAGUGCACUCGCUUUAUAUAAAGGGUGAUUUUUUAAGAGCUAUAGGAAAGUUUUUCAAAAAAACAGACGUAAAAUUCAGAAAAAUGCAUGCAAUUUUUAUUUAAAUCGUUAGUACAGUCCAUAUAAUUUAAUGUUUGAAGAUUAUUUCAUGCAAAUGUUAACCGCGACUGCGCUUCAAAUGGCCCACCCGCUUAGUCCAGUUUUGGCAUACUCUUUCCAAUGUUUCGGCCGGUAUCUCACAUAUAAAUGCUUUAAUAUUGUCUUCCAAUGCGUUAAUUGAAGCAGGCUUGUCUGAAUAGACAUGAGCUUUAACAAAGCCUCACAAAAAAUAAUCUAAAGGCGUUAUAUCGCACAAUCUGGGUGGCCAAUUGACAGGUCUCGAACGUGAAAUAAAAUGUUCACCGAACUCGCCUCUCAACAAGUCCAUUGUUACGCGUGCUGUGUGGCAUGUGGCACCGUCUUGCUGAAACCACAUGUCAUGCAAGUCAAGCUCUUGCAUUUUGGGCAAAAAAAAAGUUGGAUAUCAUUUCACGGUAGCGCUCACCAUUCACAGUUACGUUACGAUUCGCAGCAUCUUUGAAGAAGUACGGUCCAAUGAUACCUCCAGCCUAUAAACCGCACCAAACUGUGACUUUCUGGAUACAUUGGUAGCUCUUGCAAUUCUUCUGCCUGAUCUUCACUCCAAAAUCGACAAUUCUGCUUAUUUACUUACCCAUUGAUCCAAAAAUGAGCUUCGUUGCUGAACACAAUUUUUCGAUAAAAAAGUGGAUCUUCAGCCAACUUUCCAUGAGCCCAUUCAACAAAAGUUCUGCGUUGCGGUAGCUCGUUCGGCUUCAAUUCUUGCACCAGCUGUAUUUUGAAAGGCUUCACACCUAAAUCCUUUCGCAAAAUUUUCCACGUUGUUGAGUAAUAGAGGCAAAAUUGCUGCGAACGGCGACGAAUCGAUAAUUGAUGGUCAUCAUUAACACUGACCGAUACAGCUGCGAUAUUUUCUUCAGUUCGCACUCUACGUUAACGGGUUGGUAGUUUGAUGUCCAAUAAUGUAAAUUUGGUUCUAAAUUUAGUCACAAUAGCUCGAAUAGCCGCUUCAGUGGGUCGAUUAAACUGCCCAUAAAAUGGAAGAAGCGCGCGAUAAACUUUCUUAACAGAACACGCAUUUUUAUAAUAAAAUUCAAUGAUUUGCAAGCGUUGUUCGUUUGUAAGACGAUUCAUGGUUGAAUAUGAGACCAAACUGAAGAUGUUUGACAGUGAAACAAAACACGAAACGUGCGUUAGCUGUUUAAACAAACUUUUUAAAAAGGCAAUACAAUAGCUAAAAAAUCACCCGUUAUAUAUAUUUUUAAUUUUAAAAAGUCAAAGGCAAGGUGAACAUUGUUUUGUGUCCUUCCGGUCGCAUUUUUAAUUCAUCACUUCAUUUCAUUAGACCAUAAAUGGGUAUGGAAAAGAUUGCCGCAAUGUAUUAGUAUGAAAACUUCAUAAAUAGAAAAUAAGUGUUAAAUGUUUAUUAGAAAUACUAGCAUUUCCCAGUGGGCUUCGCACCACCAUACAUAAAAUGUUUUUUUUUAUAUCGCAAGAAAUUUUUCAUAUUAAGUUUUCUUUAUAUAACUCGUAAAAUGUUUAAACAGUUCAAUUAGUUAAUUUUUUUCAUUCAACAUACUUUCUAAAGAUGUCACAAUAGCCUUUUCUGUACUUUUUUAAAAUUUGAUUGUGGUGGUCACCUAUGUAUAUACAGGUAAGGUGGAAGAGCCGAUAAAAACUUGUAAUUAAACUUUGAUUCUUUAAUUUCCAUUUCAAUUUUUUACGCUAAAUAAAUUGUGCUAAAAUAAAUAAAGUUAAAAAUGUUUUUCCAGUUCCUUGAAUGCUCCAGUUUUUAUUAUAUUUUCGUCCAAAAUUAAUAUUAACAUAAUACACUUACAACCACAACAGUACAACAGAAACGCUCAUAAGCGGCUGUGUAUUUGUUGUUGUUUUUCCCAUACAGGCAAAAUGUCAUAACUUAGGAACGGCUGCACCGAUUUCAAUCAAACUUCACACAAACCACCUCCUCAAAGAUAGAAAAGAACUCUAAAAUUUUUGUGUCAAUCGGUUCCGCGGUUCUUGAGUUAUAAGAUUACCAAGGAAAUGUAACUUCUUUUUAUAUAUAUAGAUAUAUAGAUUUAAUUUCAUUAAAGAAUAUUUUAUUAUCAGAAUAUUUUCAAUUGAUGUUGCAACAAAUUUUUUUUUUUUUGUUUUUAUGUUUCACUAAAUAAUACUAACAAUUUUUUCCUACGACGGUUGGUUCUAUGUAACCGGAACGACUCGGAUUUAUAUUCGUCCAAGUACUGUCACUUCAGCAGCAUUACCCGUAAAUGUGUGGGAAAUGUUUAUGCUGCUACAACAACAACGAUAUCAAACUUUUUCCUAUAUAUUUAUGGUUUAUGAAUAUUUGGGUCGGCAUUCAAAUAGUAGCCAGCAGGUGCUUAGUUUUUAGUUAUCCCCCAUAGUGACUGAAUCUCGAUAUUACAUUUGUUUACUAUGUAUUUAUGAAGUUAAAAUGCCGCAUUUGUGUGUCUAAAAUAUUAAUUAAUAGUUGGCUCUACAGAUUUAUGCCGCCUCUGAACGGAUUUAAAUACGAAAAUGCACAUCGAGGUACAAAGUGUAUAAUUUUCCAGUCUAUAAUUUUCAGGAAAAAAUAUUAUUUUGGGGAAAAAGAAAUCCAUUAUUUGGAAUCCAUAAUUAAUAAUCUAUAUAUUUUAACCCAAAUUUUUGCGCAAAUUUUGUGAAACUGCUUUAUGGUCGAUCUUUAGCUCCUAGGCUAUGCUACUACCUCCAUUAUUUCUGUGAUUUUAUCGACACUUUCGAUGACGGGUCUGCCUGUGCGAGGUGGAUCUUUAACAUCAAAAAUGCCUCAACGGAAUCGACGAAAUCAAAAAUUUCACGUAAUUUGGUGUUACAGUAUCGGCACCAUAAACACCAUUCACAAUUUCAGCGGCAUUGCACCUGACUUGCAUUUUCGCAUUUACGCUUUAUCAAAGAAAAACUCUUAAAUGUACCGAACUCUCUCUUUGUUUCUCUUUUUUCCCAUUGUUAAUACCCUGUAACUCGCAACUGAAUGGAACAAACAAAAACCAGCAAAAGAAUUUGUUUAGUGUGAAAUGUCUCCUUCACAACGAGUAUCGAAUUUAAAUAGUUUGAUCCAUACUUUAUGAGAUAUCGAUCACUACAGCCAUCUACCGAGAAAAUAAUGGAUUUCUUUUUCCCCAAACUAAUAUUAAUUAAUAGUAAGUCAGUGCACAUAAAUCGAGUGCUCUGCAGUUUUAUGUCGCCUCUGAACGGUUUUAUAAGACACUUUUUAAAUACGGAAAUGCACUCGAGUCAGUCUAAAAUUUUCAAGAAAAAAUGUAAUACUUUAUUUAGUUGAAAAAUCUUCCGAUUUAAAAUCCGAAUUUUUAACGUAAAUAUAUUUGAUAAAUUUAAAAAUGAAUGGAUAAAUGGGUAUUCCUGCCAUGAAAAAGCUCCUCAUAAAAAAAACAUUUGUCGUUCAGAGUCGGCUUAAAACUGUAGGUCCCUCCAAUUGUGGGACAACAACAAGGUGCACGUCAAAAAUAGCAGGAAGAGCUC